GCAAGUCUCAGAAGCUCUCCUUUCCUGUGGGUUCCUGUGGGCUGCCUGCUGGGCUCUGAGGAUCAGCCUAUCCUACCAUCUCCUGGGUCCAUCCUCAGACAUCAGCUCCCAUGGCGGCCCUCACAGACUUUGCUUUUAUGUACCGCUGGUUCAAAAAUUGCAAUCUGGUUAAAAACCUCUCUGAGAAGUAUGUCUUCAUCACUGGCUGUGACUCCGGCUUUGGGAACCUGUUGGCCAAACAACUGGUUGAUAGGGGCAUGAAAGUGCUUGCUGCCUGCCUCACUGAGGAGGGGGCUCAGAAACUCCUGCAGGACACCUCCCACCAGCUGCAGACCUUCCUCCUAGAUGUCACCAAGUCGGAGAACGUCAAGGAAGCAGCCCAGUGGGUGAGGGACCAAGUGGGCGAGCAAGGCCUCUGGGCCCUGGUGAACAACGCUGGCGUGGGCCUGCCCAGUGGUCCCAACGAAUGGCUGACCAUAAAAGACUUUGUGAAAGUGAUCAACAUAAACCUGGUGGGGCUGAUUGAUGUCACUCUGAACAUGCUGCCGAUGAUCAAGAAAGCCCGGGGCAGGGUGGUCAACAUGUCCAGCUCUGGUGGCCGUGUGGCUAUAUUCGGCGGUGGUUACUGUGUCUCCAAGUUUGGUGUUGAAGCCUUCUCUGAUAGCAUCAGGCGCGAGCUUCAUUUCUUCGGGGUGAAGGUCAGCAUCAUUGAGCCAGGGAACUACAAGACAUCCAUUCUGGGCCAAGAAGCUCUGGAAUCACGCAUGAAGAAGCUGUGGGAUCGGCUGCCACAGGAGACCCGGGAUAGCUACGGAGAGGAGUAUUUCCAAACCUAUACUAAAAAGUUGGUUAACUUGAUGAGGUCAGCAGAGCCAAGAAUCAGCGAUGUCACCAACAGCAUGGAGCACGCCAUUGUCUCCCGGAGCCCCCGAAUCCGCUACAACCCUGGCCUGGACGUCAAGUUUCUCUAUCUCACCCUGGCUAAGCUGCCCACCCCUGUGACAGAUUUCAUCCUUAGCAGAUACUUGCCAAGACCAGCAGACAGUGUUUGAGCUGGCGAGCUCAAGGGGUAGCCAGUGGAGCACAGGGGAGAGGGCAAAGGACUGGGGGAUCACAAGAGGUGUUGUCAUAUAUCUUGUGGGCAGAGAAGAGCAUACUCAGCUCACUCCCACUGCAGGCUGAUGUCUCCUUCCAUCUGCUGGGGCCUCUAGAAACCUGAUGUGACCCCGGCUGAUGUAGAUAGAGCGUUGCAGCAUAGGCCGCAAGACACCCCUCACCAAGGCAGGUACUAGUGCUCCUGGACCUGAAAAGCCGGCUUCUGUUGACUGACAAGCUGUCACCACCUCCGUAAAACACCAUGGGACAAUCUAGCCCACAGGAGAAUCUCGGUCCCCUCCCCACAGCUCUCAAAGCAGGCACUGGUUUGUGUAUAUAUGGAAUAUGUAACAUGGCAACAAGAACUGCCAGAGCAUACUCAGAGAAGGUUUUAAAUAGUUUUCUUUUCUUUGCAUUUCUCUAUCUGAUUGGGAUCCAUAUAAUGCUUGCUUCUCUAAUCACCAUUGAUUCCUGUUUCAAGUAUUUAUUGAGCACUUACUACGUACCAGCACCAAAACUCUGGGGGUAUGUGAGGGUGAUGAAAUCAUGAACUUGUCUUGUUUUGUUUUGUUUUGUUUGUCUCACGUUUUACUUUGUUACAGUAGCUAGCAGCAGAGAUAGGACAGUGACCAAGGGGACAAAGAUCAGAAAAAGGAAAUUUGAAGGACCCUGGAUCUCAAUAGUCCUAGACUCGGAUGUUUACUGGGAUCACUCAGUUACUUAAAAUGCGUACGGAAGCUGGAGAGAUGGCUCGGAGGUUAAGAGCAUUUGUGCCUCGCAGAAUCUGGAAUAGAUCCCCAGUCUCCACACCGUGUCUCACAGCCUCCAUAAUUCCAGUUCCAGGGGAUCGGAUGCCCCCUUCUGACCUCCACAGGUACCAAGCAUGAAUGUAAUGUGUAUUGAUACAUGCAGGCAAAAACACGCAUACACAUAAAAUAAGAUAAAUCUUUAAAAAGUGAAUGUGUAAGGAAGCUGGGCAUGGUAUCUCAUGUUUGUAAUCCCAACAUUUAUGGGGCUAAGACAGGAGGAUUUUUGUGAGUCUAAGGAAAGACUAGAUUACAAAAUGAGACACUGUCUCAAGAAACAAACCCCAGGAAACAAACAAAAGAACUCAUAGGAACCCCAAUGUUAGAAAAUCCGAUUCAAUAAACCUGAGUGAGGCAGAGCCCAGAACUAUGAAUUGUGUACUAAGGACCUAAAUGUACCUGCGCACCUGGGAGGCAGUGAUAGUCCCACAGGAGAAGCAGCCAAUCAGCUCAGAGUGGGAAGUCAUUUUCGCCAAGGCACCCAGCUAAGUGGUCAAACAAACAGAACCCUUUUCCAGCAGCAGGUGAUGAACUGUUUGUAACAUCUUCAAAUAAGUCAUAGAACUAAAUAAUUCAUGUCUUUAAAAAUAGCUACCAACUUCUGAGUUAUAUGAACUAUUAAUGAAAAAGGAUACUUUUUUGAUCAAGUUCAUAUACUGAAUAUCAAACCCAGAGCCUGAGCAUCAUAGACAAGCACUCACCACUGACCUACAUUCCCACCCUCAGAUUUUCAAUUAGCUUACUCAGAAGCUCAGGCUGGCCUUGAACUUGCUAUAACUUUCAAUAUUCCCUCAAACUCAUAAUUCUCCUGCCUCUACUCCCAGAGUGCUAUGACUACAGGCAUGUGCCAUCAGUCCCAACAAUAACAGUGAUAAAAUAAAUAAAUAGAAUUGUUUAAAAUUCUGCAGUUUGUGCAAUAAAGGUCAAAUAUUAUUAUUUAAAAAUCAAAA